AUGAAAAGGUUGGAAAGUUCACGUGAGGUUAGCAAAUUAUCAAGAGAAGACGCUAGCACUCAAGUGGCUAUGUGGCGAUCGUUAGUGGCAAUUUUUAGACUUAAAUUAAAAUUAUUAGAAGAUCAAAAUAAGAAUGAACUUCAAAAGCGUAGGUGA